CACCCCUUCUCGAAGCCACUGUGAGUGAGCUGUCACAUUGGCCAGGCCCACCAGUCCUGUGCAUGUCCGAGCUGAGGAACAGGACCAUUCGGGAAAGCAGGAGAAAGAGGUGAAUGAUGAUGGUGACUAGCAGGUUGGUUCUGGGGCUCCUGGUCCUGAAGCUCGUGCUGGCCUCCCCCCCAAGGUAUUCCCGCCAAGCAGAACUGGACAACUACGAUGCGGAGCUAGACAACUUGGACUUGGAAAACAAGGAUCUCUAUGAAUAUUAUGAUGAGCUGUCCAUUGAUGAACCAAAGAUAGAGAUUGGCACUCUGGCCCCAGAUGAGGACCAUGACCAUCUGCCCAAUGCCUCCCUGGAGGAAGAGGAAGGAGAAGAGGAAAAGGAAGUCGAAAGGACUCUUAGAAAGCCGAAUCUCAUUCCAUCAGGCUCUGGAGAUCCUGGGGUGCUAAUGGGACCUGACACUCAAGGAGGUUUGCCUACCUGUGUUCUGUGUACUUGCUUGGGCGGGUCUGUGUACUGCGAUGACACGAAGCUGGUGCAUGUGCCUCCACUGCCCAAAGAUACCACUCACUUCUACGCACGCUACAACCGGAUCAUGAAGAUCAACAAAUCCGACUUUGCUAACAUGAACAAACUGAAGAGGAUUGAUCUGACACACAACGCUAUCUCGAAAAUCGAUGAUGGCGCGCUCUUCGGCUUGCCGGCGUUGGAGGAGCUGGUGAUACGGGAAAACAGUGUGAUCCAACUACCCGCCCUGCCAGCCACCAUGACGCUUGUGGAUGUCAGUCAUAACAAACUGGGCGGCACCAGCAUCCAGAACGAAGCUUUUAAGGACAUGACCGGGCUGCUUUACCUCUACUUGACAGACAACAAUAUCGAUCAUGUCCCCGUUCCCUUGCCUGAGAGUCUGCGUUCUCUGCACCUACAGAACAACAACAUCCAGAUGAUACACGGGGACACUUUCUGCAAUCUGAACGAUGUGAACUACGUCCGUACAGCCCUGGAAGACGUUCGCCUGGACGGCAACCCUGUCAAUCUCAGCAGAAGCCCACAGGCCUACGUGUGUUUGCCGCGUAUUCCUGUCGGUGCCCUCAUUUAAGCACACACACACACACACACACACACACACAAAAACCUCUGUGAGUGUUUCCAACUUUUUUGGGGGGAGGGCGGGAGUAAACACUUGUAUAUGAAUGGAUGUCUUAUACAAGAGGUUUGCACACAUACCCCUCAUACGCGCACACACACGCACCCUCUCUCUCACACAUAUCCACACACACACACACACACGCACC